AUGUCGCCCCUUGACCGGCCAGAGGUCGCAACCCAACGAGCCACCCGGCCUGACGCCCCCUCGAGGCGCCCAAGCGGCGACCAGGCCGGCGGGCAACAUGCGGACGCCCGCUCGCUGCGGGUCCCAGCCGGCGUCAGGAUGAGCUGUGCGAUCGGCUGCCGACCCCAUGUCGGCCUGGUGAUGUGA